CCGCUCGGCGCUGCUAGUCGCGCCGCACCGCUCCGCCGGACGCGCGGCACGGGCGCAGGGCGCGCAGGCACCGCGGGCAGCGGACGCAGGAAGAGAAAAACCAUUCAGAAGAGACUCUUCUUCAUUGCCUCAUCCUAUGGAGGAAUCACCACUGCCCAUCUACAUUGAGGAGGGGACAGAAGUCCCGAUUGCCAAAAAGGAGUUGAUUGCUCUUGGCAUCAGGCAAAUCUGGACCCAGAAGACCACAGAAAGCAGAAAUAUGGCAACAAAGGAAAAGCUGCAGUGCUUGAAAGAUUUCCACAAGGACAUCCUCAAACCUUCCCCCGGCAAGAGCCCGGGGACUCGGCCCGAGGACGAGGCAGAAGGAAAGCCGCCCCAGCGGGAGAAGUGGGCGAGUAAGAUUGACUUUCUGCUGUCCGUGGCGGGUGGAUUUAUUGGUUUAGGCAAUGUCUGGCGGUUCCCGUAUCUCUGCUACAAAAAUGGCGGAGGUGCAUUUCUUAUACCUUAUUUCAUUUUCCUGUUUGGGGGAGGUCUUCCUGUGUUUUUCCUGGAGGUGGUGCUAGGACAGUAUACCUCCGAAGGCGGAAUUACAUGCUGGGAAAAGAUCUGCCCUAUUUUCACUGGAAUUGGUUAUGCUUCCAUAGUGAUUGUGUCCCUUCUGAACGUGUACUACAUCGUCAUCCUGGCUUGGGGACUCUACUACCUGUUCCAGUCGUUCCAGAGCGUCCUGCCCUGGGCGCACUGUCACCAGAAGUGGAACACGCCGACCUGCGUGGAAGACACUCUCAGGAAGAACAAAACACUCUGGAUAUCACUGAAUGCCACUAACUUCACUUCUCCUGUCACAGAGUUUUGGGAGCGCAAUGUACUGAGCUUGUCUUCGGGAAUUGAAGAUAUCGGUAUUAUCAAGUGGGAUCUAGCACUGUGUCUCCUCCUUGUCUGGGUGAUAUGUUUCUUCUGCAUUUGGAAAGGAGUCAAAUCCACUGGGAAAGUAGUGUACAUCACUGCCACGUUCCCAUUCGUCAUGCUCCUUGUUCUGCUAAUCCGUGGGGUGACCCUGCCUGGAGCUGCAGAAGGCAUCAAGUUUUAUCUUUAUCCUGAUAUCUCACGGUUAGCUGAUCCACAGGUCUGGAUAGAUGCAGGGACACAAAUCUUCUUCUCAUAUGCAAUCUGCUUAGGAGCAAUGACUUCCCUGGGGAGCUACAACAAGUACAAAUACAACUGCUAUAGGGACUGUUUGCUGCUGGGAUGCCUGAACAGUGGUACCAGUUUUGUGUCUGGCUUCGCAAUUUUUUCCGUCCUGGGCUUCAUGGCACAAGAGCAAGGGGUGAACAUUGCUGAUGUGGCAGAGUCAGGUCCAGGCCUGGCCUUCAUUGCCUACCCAAAAGCCGUGUCCAUGAUGCCGCUGCCCACCUUUUGGGCAAUCCUUUUUUUUAUUAUGCUUCUGUUGCUUGGACUGGAUAGCCAGUUUGUUGAAGUUGAAGGACAGAUCACGUCAUUAGUUGAUCUGCACCCAUCCUUCCUAAGGAAGGGUUACCGACGGGAAAUCUUCAUCGCUAUAGUAUGUUUCCUUAGCUAUCUUCUGGGACUAACUAUGGUGACUGAGGGUGGCAUGUAUGUUUUUCAACUCUUUGACUACUAUGCAGCUAGUGGUGUAUGCCUUUUGUGGGUUGCAUUCUUUGAAUGUAUUGCUGUAGCCUGGGUUUAUGGCGCUGAUAAUAUUUAUAAUGCCAUUGAAGAUAUGAUUGGAUACAGACCUGGUCCUUGGAUGAAAUGGAGCUGGAUCGUGAUCACACCAGUUCUUUGUGCGGGGUGCUUUAUCUUUUCUCUGGCCAAGUACAAACCGCUGACCUACAACAAGGUCUACACAUACCCGGACUGGGCAAUCGGCCUGGGCUGGGUUCUUGCCCUUUCCUCCAUGAUCUGCAUCCCUAUGGUGAUGGUCAUCCGCAUCAUACAGUCAGAUGGGUCACUCAUUGAGAGGAUAAAAGCGGUGGCUGCCCCUAAGGAAGUGAAUCGGUGGUCCAAAGAAACGGAGAGCGGCACCCCCUUCUGCCCCAAUGGGACGUCGAAUGGCGGAUUGAUCAAGCCAACUCAUAUCAUUGUGGAAACCAUGAUGUGAGCUCUCUCUGUGAGAGGAUAAACCUGCUUUAACUGCCGUUUACUAACCAUAGAUUCUCAUAGGACCAGGUUUACAGAGCUUUAUAUUUGCACUAGGAUUUAUUUUUAUUUCUCACAGAGAAAGUUAUUUUUUGUGUGUGUUUUUUUUUUAAUAUUUUGUAAGGUAAUCACAGCAGAUGUCUCUCUGUAGAGGGAGAGCUUUCAUAUCAGACUAGACAUAUUACAGGAAUUUACUAUUAUUGGGUUUUUUUAAAUAUAUAUAUCUUUAUCUCUAAAUGUUAUACACCUUACCACUUGAAUUGAUUGUCUUGCCAGCAAUAUAUUCAAGUCUCAGAAAGCAAUUUUAGGUGCUGGUAUGGUUGGGAGCAGGGUAACCUACAGAACACACAGAAGGAGCUCUGUUGAGAGAUUGAGAAAAAAGACACUGUUUCAGGAGAAUUUUCAAAGGUGUAAUAUUUCCACCCUCUGGUUCAAUUGCGGUAAACGACAGGCUUCAGGGUCCCAUCAGGAAAAAGGGUACAGUUAUGUUUCACAUAGUCCCUGAAUAAAGAUACAGCUGGAGCAGCAAGAUUGAGAAGGAGGCAAAGAAGUUGGGUGUGGAAAGGCUUGUAGCUGUCCCGUCCGAGCAUGGCAUUGGGACCCUGUCACCCACACAAGAGAAGGAGUUUAGGAAGGCAUUUGCCAGAUUUGGCAUGGUUCACCUUUUUUUUUUUUUUUUUUCUCUUCACUUAGGUGAAAUGCCUGCUGUUUGUGCAUGAGUAAGGAGGUUGAGGAGCUGCUCCUCAGUUUCCCAACGUGGCGUACUUUAGCUGAGGUAUCGCUGGUGUAAACUUGAAUCCUGCAGUACGAGACUAGCAGGCUGUCCCUGAGACAGCGGGGGCAAGUGCUGGUGAAAAGCAGCACCUGUGGUCUUGGCGCUUCAAACAUUUGCUUGGUCUUUUGUUUGCUUGUUAACUAUUGGACUUUGGUUUUGGUCGAAAAGAAAAAAAAAAAAAUCCCUUAUGGACUCUGACCGUCCAAAGGUUGAACACAAAUCAGAUCAUCCCUGACAGUAAGAGCAAAGCCACUCACCUACGCCCACUGUAACUCGUAUUUGUAACAGACACAGCGUUAAUAAUAACGGUAAUGAAGACAAUAAUAUCACUCAGCAAACAGGUGCUUUUCAUCUGCGUAUCUCAAAAAUGCUUUACCAAGUACGGUAACCAGGAUUUGCUUUGUUUAUUUAUUUUGGGGGUUUGGUUGGGGAAACAGAUAUAAGGACUAAGUACUUUGUCUCACGUUACUAAAAAGUAGCAGUGGACCUGGGCACAGACUGCCCAGUCUCCUUGCCCGUCUUGGGUUAGACUGUAAUUAUUUUGGGUUGCGGGGGGCUAAUCUAUUUAUGAAUCUAACUCUGGAAGAAAUAGGGCUUAAGGGAUUUUAACUUAAAGCAAAGGAAACACGUAACAUUGAAAGAUUUUGUAUUCAGUCACAAAGACUAGCAUACCAUUCUAGGUUAGACUAAGGCAUAAAGAGAAACCACUACAAGGACUGUAGAAGUGGAAGUGCAGCAGUUGAAGUCAGUAGAUGAUGCCAUGGGGAACUACUCCCUGAAGACUGUCCAAAGGAUGGACAACCCCCUUUCACCCCUUUUAUUUGUUUUUCCUUCUGUUCUUUUUUUAACUUGAGCAAGUUGUGCUGGGAACAGGUUCUCUGGAGAAACUCUGCCCUUUCUUGUGGGCACUGUAUUUGAGGGAGAAUUUUUUUCUUCUUAUGAUACCACAAUUAGGCCAGCCAAAGGUAUCUAAAGGAAAUGCUUGAUAAAAGCAGAGUUUGUAGCUGCUUGUUCUACUGUCAGCUUAGGCUGCCAGAGCGGGUUUUGUCAUUUAAACAGGAACAUAUCCAGUUCUUAACAUUCCUACGCAGUAGUUUUAUUUUUCUUUGAUGUCCCGUGGACUAACUGGCCACAACAGCACAAAUACUUGUUGAUUAACAUUGAUAUUACUGUAAAAGAGAAGGGGUGAUUUAAAACUAAGAGAUGGACCAAAAGCAAAGAAAAGAAAACCCAAAAAGUAGCUGCAUCUAUAUUUUUUUUUCCCCAAAUUUUUCUAAUUUGAAUUUGUGCAUGUUUUUAAAACAGAUGGCUGAAUUGCAGAAACAAAUUAGCCACUGCAGUGCUGCUUUUGGUUUCUUUUCUGGUUGCUGUAUUAUGAGAGUUAUAAAUUAAACUUUUCCACAGCUGGAGGUGGCAAAUACUAUAUUUUACCUGCUGGGCCAGUGGCAAUAGCCAUCCCAAGGCCUUGAGGGUCUCACUGGAGAAAUUUUGCUGUUUGCUUUUUUAAAAACCUUUAACCAUCAAAGGCACAGAAGUGGAAUGAAAGCUAACCCUCGUAGUGGGCUUUGACUCGGACACUCGUUCUGGAGUUACAGUUAGUGCCUGCAGUAAACGGGCACGUUUGCUUGGUUAAGAUGGGAGUAGCAGGUUAGGCGUCUAAAUUAAUGGUUUGAGGCGUGCAGGGGAAACGCUGAUGCUUGAUUUUUUUUGUUUGUUUGUUUUUGAUACACUGUCAUACAACUGCAUUUGAGAUUUGUUUGCACAUUAGUUUCAUGCUAUAUAGCUGAGACAGACUUCAGUUAGGAGGAAAAAAAUAAUGGUUUGGCUACAUGAAAAACGUCUCUGGCCAGUCAGCUGGAUAUUGAGCCAUCUCCUGCCUUGUGGAGGGUGUCUUUGCAUUAAGAACCAGAGGGCUAAUACUACACCUUUAAAAGUACAACUAAUAGAGAACCAGAACCCAGCCCCGUUUCGAUAUAAACUGUGCCAUUCAAAUCAGUUGCUUCCAUGUACCAAGUGAAAAUGUCUUGCACAUAUGCAACAACCUCACUGAAGCAUUUGCUGUGCA